AUGGAGUGGAGAGCUCAACCUAACGUUCCGUUAUCCGCUGUCCCUGGCUGUCCCGGUCAACUCUGGGCGCACCUCAUCCACCAUGAGGAACCCUACGAUUACCACCCCGUCCGACAUCAUCACCGCCGCCAGCCGCUGCUCGCCAUCGCAUUCAUGCCACAAUCUGUUGAGAAUGCAGCUCCGCCGACGGAACCGCUCCAGGCGUUGCCCGCAGCCGCGUCUGCUAUGAAGCUUACAAAGUCGCGACACUCCACACCUGUAUUAGAGUCACUACCAUUAUCGCAAUCGGAAACCAACCUGGCCUUUCGUCGCUCCAACCCGUCGGCUGCAUCCUUGUAUGCCUCGACUCUCUCUCCACCCGGAUCACGCUCAAUAUCCCCAGCCGGCCGAGGGUCACCCUCUCGAGUUCUUUCCCAUACCGUCUUCGAUGCCCGACCAAGCCGCCCAUUACCUGAGACUGGGGGCGAUGGAUCCGAACCGUUGAAUCUCAUCCUCCGAGCAUUCGUACCUCAUGUCUCCAUCUACUCCUCCCAUGAUACAGAUGCUUUGAUGGACGAGAAGGGCUUUCGAAAUGGUCUCUGGGAAUUACUUCGGCCCUUUGGUGAAGACGUGCCGGGAAAAGUUGCGAUCAGGGAUAGCAACGGGAUGAGCAAAGCCGCAGAAGGCUUCUCUAUCAGGUUUACGAGAUUCGGUGACAACAUUGAACACCCCGAUCCCACAGUUUCGGGGUUCAGGAAUCCUGCAUCCUCGCCAGGUCAGAAUGGCAGCCAAGCGAGCACAUCCAGGGACAAGCAGUUUCUCAUGGACGCGGAAGCCGUAGUCAACAGCCAUUUGUCCUAUGCAGAGGAGUCGUUCGCAGCGCUGCCCCAGCAUGGCUUGUUCGCGGGCCCAGACAAGGGCUCAGAAGAGACAUCACCAUAUUACGCUCUUUACUUGCGAAGGUUGCUAUCUGGCCUUCCUAUUUCACCCCAUGAAACCUUCUCACACCCUGUGGCAUGUGUCGUUGCCAUUAGCUCACGGAAUCCGAAUCCCCUUGAAGAGCUAAAGAAACUCUAUACAGAGACAAAGGAAGGAAAUCGAAAACUUCCGCCUUGGGUAGACAGUGAAUUUAUUCGAUACUAUGUGCUAGUCCACGAUGAAGAGAAGGACGACAUAACAAGAUCUAUGGGGCUGUUUGAACAAAUGAAACGAAAUAUGGGACCCCAUUGCCAUCUUCUUCGAUUGAGAAGCAGCCAGAGUGCCGAGACAGACGACGACAGUAUCCCGCUUCCUCGCAGCGACUGGAUGUCAGCGCAAGAGGAACUGGAGGAUAUCCGAAGGAGUGAAGACGACGAGGACUUUGAGGACCCAACACGCUACAUAUUUGAAUCUGAUGCUACUGCCAUUCGUACGUUUGUGCGUGAGAUGGUGACCAUGUCUGUCAUCCCUUCCAUGGAACGAAAUGUGUCAUUGUGGAAUGACCAAGUUGCUUCUCGCCGAAGAGGCCUCACGGGUCGUUUUAUGAACUUAUCCAGGAAGUGGGCGUUCACCGGCAGCUCCAGGAAUUCGACAGGCACAAGCAACGCAAGAGACAACUACAAUGCUGCUGGGUUUUAUGGAUCAGAAGCUCCUGAGGCUAUUAUGCGAAAAUUGGCAGACUACGCCUUUAUGUUGCGAGACUGGAAACUAGCGCAUUCAACGUAUGAUCUUUUGAGAUCCGAUUUUAGCGAUUCCAAGGCCUGGAAACAUCACGCCGCUGCCAAUGAGAUGGCUGCGCUAAGUCUUUUGCUUCUUCCACAACAGAUGUCAUCGAAGAAUCGCGCCGAGACAAUAGAUCAAAUGUUGGAGGCUGCGUUCUACUCCUACAACACCCGGUGCAGUGCCCCCUACGGAGCGCUGCGAAGCUUGCUCCUGGGUUUGGAGCUACUGCGUUUACGGGGCGGGACCAAUAUUGAUGAUGCAGGGCGCUGGGGCGUGAGGCUUCUUGAAUCUAAGAUCUCUGGCAGUGUGGGUGAUGCAUUAAUAAAGGAACGACUCGCUAGUUGCUAUGGUUCGAAGGAGGGGGUUGGCAGCUGGCACUGGGGCUCGCGCCGUCGAAAAUCAGCAACUUGGAGCGUGCUUAGUGCAGAUGCCUGGCUUCAGCAGUCCAAGCACAUCCAGGCGAGGCGAUGUCUUGACGAGGCCCAGAGGAUGUACUCGACUUUGCCCCAUAAGGAGGGGAUCACCAAGUUUGAGGCAGCAGGUGACUUCAUGGCAUCACUGCAGCACAGUCUUGCAGAGUCGCCAGACGCGUCAGACAACGACGGCGAGGGGGAUGACGAUGACGAUAUUGACGAGGAGAGUGAGGCCCUCAAUGACAUGAAGCCGAGGAGACCAAGCACAGCAGCGGUGGACAUGUAUCGGGAUACAACGAAGGAGGAAGGUGGUAGCAUGGAUGCUGGCACAUAG